GACGCCUGGGAGCGGCCCGGAGCGUCGGUGGUCGGCGGCCGGGCGGCGCGGAGAGGGGCGCAGGCCGCCGACGGGUUCCCGAGGGCGUUGGUGGCUCGGCCGGCUGGCCGCCGCGGCCUCCGCCGCCCGGCCGGUGCGAGCACCUUCCGCCAUGGUGUCCGGUCACCCGGGCACAGGCGAAGGCACCGAGGCGCGGAGUUAGGAAACGUGCGCAGAGCUUGACCCAGCCGGCGGGGCAGCGCCCGGGUCCGACCGAGGCCACUGGGCUGUGGGGUUCUGGCUGUGACCAUUGGUCGCCCGCCUCCCCCGUCUUUAAACUUCUUUAUCUACCCUUCUUGCUUCGGAUCUCCUGAGUUCCUGUGGACGGGACAGCUCACACAGAUCAAAUUGACAUUAUAAUGAAGGAAAAGACGUUACUUAAAUCUAUGUGUGUCCCUUGUUUUUUGCUUCAACUUGACCAAACAGCGCCAUAAAAAAGGCCAACUUCAAAAGCUGCCAACGAUGAAUGGCCCUGAGGAUCCUCCUGGGUCCUAUGACUUCGACCUGAUCAUCAUUGGAGGAGGCUCGGGAGGCCUGGCAGCAGCUAAGGAGGCAGCCAGAUUUGACAAGAAAGUGCUGGUCUUGGAUUUUGUCACACCAACUCCUCUUGGAACUAGAUGGGGUCUCGGAGGAACAUGUGUGAACGUGGGCUGCAUACCAAAAAAACUGAUGCACCAGGCAGCUUUGCUAGGACAAGCCCUGAAGGACUCACGCAACUAUGGCUGGAGUGUUGAGGACACAGUUCAGCACAGCUGGGAGAAAAUGAUAGAAUCUGUGCAGAAUUACAUCGGCUCGCUGAACUGGGGCUACCGGGUAGCUCUUCGGGAGAAGAAGGUUGUCUAUGAGAAUGCUUACGGCACAUUCGUUGGUCCUCAUAGGAUUAAGGCAACAAAUAACAAGGGUAAAGAGAAAAUUUACUCAGCAGAGCGGUUUCUCAUCGCCACCGGUGAACGGCCUCGCUACCUGGGCAUCCCUGGAGACAAAGAGUACUGCAUCAGCAGUGAUGAUCUUUUCUCCUUGCCUUACUGCCCGGGUAAGACCCUGGUGGUUGGAGCAUCCUAUGUUGCUUUGGAAUGUGCAGGAUUUCUUGCGGGGAUCGGCUUAGACGUCACAGUAAUGGUUCGGUCCAUUCUCCUUAGAGGAUUUGACCAGGACAUGGCCAACAAAAUUGGUGAACACAUGGAAGAACAUGGUAUCAAGUUUAUAAAGCAAUUCGUUCCAGUUAAAGUUGAGCAAAUUGAAGCAGGGACACCAGGCCGAUUCAAGGUAACCGCUCAGUCCACGAACAGUGAGGAGACCUUUGAAGGCGAAUUUAACACGGUGUUGCUGGCAGUUGGAAGAGAUUCUUGUACGAGAACUAUCGGCUUAGAGACUGUGGGCGUGAAGAUAAAUGAAAAGACUGGAAAGAUACCUGUCACGGAUGAGGAGCAGACCAACGUGCCUUACAUCUACGCCAUUGGCGACAUCCUGGAGGGGAAGCUGGAGCUGACGCCCGUUGCCAUCCAGGCCGGGAGGUUGCUGGCCCAGAGGCUCUACGGAGGCUCUACUGUCAAGUGUGACUAUGAAAGCGUCCCAACAACUGUAUUUACUCCUUUGGAGUAUGGCUGUUGCGGCCUCUCUGAAGAAAAAGCUGUAGAGAAAUUUGGGGAAGAAAAUAUUGAAGUUUAUCACAGCUUCUUUUGGCCGUUGGAAUGGACAGUUCCGUCCCGAGACAACAACCGAUGUUAUGCAAAAAUAAUCUGUAAUCUCAGAGACAAUGAGCGUGUCGUGGGCUUUCAUGUACUGGGUCCAAACGCGGGAGAAGUGACGCAGGGCUUCGCAGCUGCGCUCAAGUGUGGACUGACCAAAGAGCAGCUGGACAGCACAAUCGGAAUCCACCCCGUCUGUGCCGAGAUAUUCACAACGUUGUCGGUGACCAAGCGCUCCGGGGGGAGUGUCCUCCAGUCUGGCUGCUGAGGUUAGGCCCCGGUGUGGAUGCUGUCGCCUACACUACAGACCAUUGCCUUGCUUCCUUGCCUGCGUCCAGGUGAAGUUCAGGACGGCUCUUGGCACCGAUUUAAGUGCUGUCCUAAUCCUAAGGCCACCAGGAUCUUGUGGGUAGGAGGUGGCAGGUAGAAGGCUGCAGCAUCACACUGGGGUCACCGUGACGGACUCAGACUGACAUUCGGCAGUGCAUCACAGGGAUGCGUUCAUGACGUCACCAGCCUCAAGCCGAAGUGGUGGGCGGUGACGGAGCAGCUGUCGAAUCUGUUCAGCCCAACCUUUCCUUGUAGAUUGUCUUAGUAUCGUUUUCAAGCUGUCUGAUGACGGUUCUAUUUUUCACCAUGGGGUUAAUGAUACUAGAGAUAGGGAAUGUUAGCAAUCAGUUUUUUGUCUGAAAGCAUGCCGUGGCUCGACCAUCCACACAGUCUGUGACUUGGCUUAUGAGAGCCACACAAGUUUGCCCCGAGAAAGACGGAUUACCCUAUGACUAAAAUACACUGUUUGUUUUACUACCUGUGUAGUAUUGUCUCCUUUAAUAAGUCUUAGGUCCAAAAGAAAACCGUGGUCCGCUUUUGCAAGUUCCCACCGUGCGCAUCUGAAGCCACUUUAGGAAGGGCGGUGACUUGGCUAGCUGCCUGGCUCCAUCGCAUGGCCCUUGGGUGGUGGAGAGGGCUGCUGCUGCCCACAGGCUGCCAACAGUAAAUGCCUUUCCUGAAGGUUGAUUUCUGUUGGGUUGACUGAGCUGAGAUUGUUCGCAAUGGAAAAUGCUUGAUUUGCCUUGAACUUGUUUCUGUGAGGUGGAUUUAGUUUUAAGCUUCACAGGCAAGUAUCUCCACACACAGCCACAUAAAUCUUCUGAGGUAACUACUUGUGAAAGGAAGCUGUUCAUGAUCUAAGUUAUUAUUAUUAUUAUUGUUGUUAUUGAACACAGGUGGAUAUGAAGGAUUUUCACUGAAAAAACAAAAACAAAACACAAAAUAGUUUUUCCUUUUUCUGUUCAAUGAACGAGGCGGAACCCGGCAGGGUGGCCGGUGCUCUGCCGGUGCUGUGGCUCGGGCUUUCACGGUGUGGGUUUGCCCUGGGGUGUGUGACCUGAACACGCCGGCCGAGGGCGCUGCAGACCGCGUUUCCUGCCACACACAGCCGUGGGGCCGCCCCGUGCCCUCCCCCGUCUCCACCUGCCCUACGGAGUGGCGAUCACUGUGCACUCCUGGACCACCUCAGGGACUGUGUCUGCCUCCUGCCUUGCCCCUCGACGCUCCCUCGCAGCCUCAUCCUGUCAGCGUGAAGACACUGGGAAGAGGAGAAAGGACAAGGGACCCGAGGGAGCUGACUGUUGGGUCUUACAUGUUUUAAAUUUUUUCUCCCAGACUUGCCGGUCUCUGAGAUUGGAACAGCAGACAGUGUAGGGUAACUGUGCCUAAUCAUGUUGUGAUUCUCUUAGUGGAAUGAAACGUUCUGCCCUGCGAGAAGGAAUAUACUUCGUUGUUUAUAUUUUGUAAUCACACAAUGUACUGUAACUUCAAUUCCAUGUAUUUUUGUUACAAAUUUUCUAAAGAAAAAAUGUGAAACAGUAAAAGGUGUUAGUUAAUGCA